AUGGACCAUUCUAUCGCAAGUACAGACAAAGUCAUUGUAAAAGGCAUCCAAUUCGAGGCAGUAGCAGGCCUUGAUUGCUGGGGACGCCCUGGCAAGGCUCAACCCAUCGAGCUAGAAGUACACCUGACACCACCAGGAGGAUUGGAGGCCGCUGCACAAGAAGACUCUGUCGCCUAUACGAUUGACUAUGGAAAGCUCUACAAAGCCUUGAAGGCCGCUGUAUUCGGUGGCAAAUUCGAAACCAUUACGCAACUCUACCAGGCCAUAAGGUCGUCAAUGCCAGAUGUCAUAUCGUGGCAUGUUCACCUGUCGUUUUCAAAAGCCAUACUGGCAGCUAAAGGUGGGCUCUCUUUGACGUGGACUGGUCAAACAGAUGAGACUGGUGCCGCGAUCGUGACGCAAGUCAUGGUCGUACGUGACAUUGAGUGUAGGUGUAUAAUCGGCGUAAACUCUCAUGAGCGGCUUGAAAAGCAGAGUCUGUCCGUCACUCUGUCGGUAUGGGGCAUCGAAAAUCGUUUAAGCCCAUCUAUGCUUGCCGGAGUGAGCCUAAACCCAUCGCUAACGCUUACAUACCAAGAGAUGGUGAAAGAGGUUGCCGAACGUGUUGAAGGUUCAAGCUACGAGACUAUUGAGGCAUUGGCAACGGCAAUAGCUCAGAUCGUCACAAUGGGCCAUGGCUUCGACAAUGCACGUGUCACAAUUGAGAAGCCAGGUGGAUUGGCUGGAAUGGGAGCCUCAGGAGUCACCAUCGGGAGGACGAAAGCAUAUUUUGAGAAUAAGGAUUUCUGGAAGGUCAAGAGGCCUUGA